AUGAUAGAUUCAAACCCUCCACUCAUGCAACAUUAUGGAGCACUUGUGAGAAAUUCUGCUGAAGCCCAACAAGCUAAAAGUUUUAGUGAUCAAAACCAUCCUUUGGUAGAUGCUUAUGACCUACCACUGAUAGACCUUAGUGGUCUUAAAAGUUCUACUGAAAAAGAAAGGCUAGCUUGCACUUCAGCAAUAUGCAAAGCAGCAUCAGAGUGGGGAUUCUUCCAAGUGGUAAACCAUGGCAUAAGCCAUGACCUACUAAGAAAGAUGAGGGAAGAACAAGUGAAGUUGUUUUCUGUACCAUUUGAGAGGAAGGUCACAUGCGGGCUUCUAAAUAACCCAUAUAGGUGGGGGACACCAUCAGCUACUCGUUCAAAUCAGUUUUCAUGGUCAGAAGCUUUCCACAUUCCUCUCACCAUGAUUUCAGAAACAGCUUGCUGGGGUGAAUUCAGUUCUUUGAGGGAAGCAAUAAAUGAGUUAGCACCAGCGAUGCUAGAAGUAUCUAGUUUAUUGGCGAGCAUUCUAGCAGAAAACUUGGGCUACCCAAAGGAUGCAGUUGAAAAACUCUGUGAUGCUGGCACAUGCUUUCUGAGAUUAAAUCAUUAUCCAUGCUGCCCAAAAUCUAAAGAUCAAAUUUUUGGAUUAGUGCCUCACACUGACAGCGAUUUCCUUACAAUCCUUUAUCAAGAUCAAGUCGGUGGACUCCAACUCAUAAAAGAUUCCAAAUGGGUCGCCAUAAAACCAAACCCAAAUGCUCUAAUUGUUAACAUUGGGGACCUUUUCCAGGCAUGGAGUAAUGACGAGUACAAAAGCGUGGAGCACAAGGUGGUGGCAAAUGACAAAAUGGAAAGAUACUCCGUAGCAUACUUCCUAUGCCCUUCUUACAGUACUAUCAUAAACGGCUGCAAAGGACCUUCUAUAUAUAGGAAAUUCACGUUUGGAGAAUACAGACACCAAAUUCAAGAAGAUGUCAAGAAAAUAGGACACAAAAUUGGACUAUCAAAAUUUCUACUUUAA